AUGUCCUCACGUAGGUCAUCGACCGCCUCAGAAGGCGAAAUCAUCGAAUCAGGUUCGGAGACGAAGGCAACUACGUCGCAAUCUCACCUUAAUGGCAACAGCGUUGACCGUCCCACCAGACUUAGUUCAUCCGCAUCGGUGACCAAGUCGCCUCGUCGCCAGAGAUCUAGGACCAGGUCGCGGUCGCGGUCGCGGUCGCGCUCUCCGUACCGAGACUAUAGAGGAUAUAAGCGUCGACGGGAGGAACACUACGACUAUGAUGACUAUGGAUAUGACUAUGAUGACGACAAACGCUCCGGACGAACGCCACCGCCGCGACGCGUGGGCCAUCGACAUGACAAUGAUCGAGGAUACCAGAGGCAACCUAGGUCUUACUACGACUACGACCGUGAAGAAAACCAGCUUGCGGAUCUUCGAUACGACGAUGACUAUGACCGACGGAGGGAGAAGCGGCAGCGUACGCGGAGUCGAUCGCCUUACCGCGGGGUUCGGAAACGCAAACAAUACUCGGGCGACGAGUGGGAAUCGCAGCGAUCGCGGAGAGAGGGCAGCGAGGCCUCACAGAGCAAACCAAGGUCUUCUACUGAACAGUCAGUGAGCGAACGGGGGAGACCCUCAGCUGUCGCUCGAGAUUCUAGACAGGAUGCUGAAACUCAGGAAAAUCAGGUUCAGGCAGCUUCCACGGCCGCUUCCACGGAUGGUGACAAUAGUGUAAAUGGCCAAGAUUUCGCCGAGCCGGUCGAACCUCUUGACGAAGCCGCUCAGCUCGAGGCCCGGCGUAAACGGCGCGAAGCCAUCAAAGCUAAAUAUAGAGAGCAGGCGACGCCCCUGCGCAUUCAAGCACUGCAUCUCGGUGGUGAUAGGGGUGCAACCCCCACGAGCGAAGCGGCUACCCCGAGUAACGAGACACCAGACUCGGCGGCCACUCCGGACGGCAAUUCGUUUCCCGACUUUAGCAUUGGCAAGGACUCGGACUUGGUGCAAGACGGCGCCGCGGACGGUGCGGACAAAGAUGAGCCUUCAGCUGCAGACUAUGAUCCUACUAUUGACAUGAAAGCCGAAAGAGAAAGGCACGGCGGGCAGAGUAACGAAGUUUCUGCCGCGAGCUAUGAUGAAACGAAGACCACCAAGCAGGAUGUGCUCAUCCCGGACGCGCCGCCGCAGCCGGAACCAAAGGCAAAAGAUCCUUAUGAUAUGUUUGCUGAUGACGAUGAUGAUAUGUUCGCUGAAGAUACGGAAGAAACGACACAGCCAGCGCAUGCGUCCGCCAUUGCUGUACCUCAAGCUCGAGAGCUCGACGUCAGCAUGAUGGACAACUGGGAUGAUCCGGAAGGAUACUAUAACCUCCGGAUCGGUGAGUUGAUUGACGGGCGUUACCAUGUGCAACAGAAUCUGGGCAAGGGAAUGUUCUCGUCUGUCGUUCGGGCAAAGGAUUCAAAGACCGGUAGUGUUGUGGCAAUCAAGAUAAUCCGCCAGAAUGACACGAUGAAGAAGGCUGGGCUUAAGGAGAUCGACAUCUUGGAGAAACUCCGCGAAGCAGACCCGGAUGACAAGAAACACAUGAUCAAGUUUGAACGGAGCUUCGAGCACAAGGGUCAUUUGUGCAUGGUGUUUGAAAAUCUCAGCAUGAAUCUGCGCGAGGUGUUGAAGAAGUUUGGCCGAGAUGUAGGGUUGAACCUGCGUGCGAUUCGAGCAUACGCCCAACAGAUCUUCCUGGGAUUGAGCCUAAUGCGCAAGUGCAAUAUCCUCCAUGCUGACCUGAAGCCCGACAACCUGUUGGUCAACGAGCAGCGCAACGUACUCAAAGUGUGCGACUUGGGUUCUGCAUCGCCAGCUUCAGAUAAUGAAAUUACUCCAUAUCUGGUCAGUCGGUUCUACCGCGCACCAGAAAUCAUUCUAGGCAUUCCAUACGACUACGCCAUCGACAUGUGGUCCAUUGGCUGCACGCUGUUCGAGCUCUACACAGGCAAGAUCCUUUUCACGGGGCGCAAUAACAACCAGAUGCUCAAAUCGAUCAUGGAAUGUCGUGGCAAAUAUCCGCCCAAGCUCCUCCGGCGCGGUUCCCUGGCGCACCUCCACUUUGACGAUAUGGCCAACUUCCACAGCACAGAAGAGGACAAGAUCACCGGACGCCUCGCCACCCGGGUCAUGGACUUCAAGAAGCCCACUCGUGAUCUCAAGACCCGAUUGAUGGGCAAGGACACGCGCGGGAUGUCAGAUAGCGAAGCGAAGGAGCUGGCUCUGUUUGUCGAUCUGCUGGAUCGGUGCCUCAGUCUUAAUCCGGAGAAGCGAUGCACGCCAGCUGAGGCGUUGAAGCACCCGUUUAUUUCGCGCCCAAAGGUCUGA